GGAAGUGGAACCACCCUCAGUCUCUCUGGUAAGGCGUCAACUUUGGCGACCCAUAGGUUCUCACCUUGGAGACGGAGAGCUAAAGAGAUUGUGUGUGAGUGUUCGACUACCAAAAAUAAGUGCUGAUAAGGGUGUUCCAGUUCACUGCACUGAACAAACGAGUGCCUUGUGACAAUGGCUGGAAGGCCUGACGAACAUCUAUCUCACUGUGUGUUGUGCCAGGUGUGCUGUUGUGGCCGCUUUCAGGAUCCCAGUUCCGUCCCCGACCGUCCGAGCCUGUCAUCUCCGAGACCUUCUAGGCAGACUAGCUUGAAAUCCCCCCCCAAGAGCAAGAGGUGAGGCCCCCCUCGGCUCUCCUUCCGACUGAGCCCGGUAUGACGCAGGCAGCAGCAGCAAUGAAAUAUUGCUAAUUGUUAUAAUCAUCACCUGUUCCUCUACCCCUCUUCCAUUGGCUUUCUCGCACCAGGAUCCAAUAUCGAAAGACGCUCGACGUCAUCAUGUUUCUCUUUCCCACCCGAAGCAGGAGCGGGGCCACAAUCCUCUCACGGUGUGUCACAGGAGCUGCUGUGAGCGUCGCUCUGCCCUUCCCGAGGGGACCAUCACAAGCAAUCCAUACGGCUCCGCAAACAACGGACUGCAAGCCAGACGCGACUCAAAAUAAAAGUCUUUUCGACCUCGCUCUGUCGCUUUCGCAGCGACCGCUGAACGGCAAUGCGGUCAUGCAGUACACCCACUUUCAGAAUCAUGGCACAGCAUCCCCGGUCGGUCAUAUGACCAAACUCGCCGUCGCGGAUCGGUACGGCUUGAGCACUCGCGACUUGCGCGUUUUCGAUCAGCCAUCGAGCGGAGUACCAUAUAUCCUUGUUCGAGAAUCUACUCUGCUUCUUCACCUAUUAGACCUGCGCGUUCUUGUGCAGCACGACCAUGCGCGACUCUUCCAUGUCGCCCACGUGCCGCCAAGUCUCGACCACGCCCAGGGCAGCGACAAGAAUCGUGUGUCGCGCGUGUUCAGCCACGUUAUGAAGGAAAAGCUACGAGACGGCCAACAGCCAGGCAAGGCGGAACGGCAGCCUUACGAGCUAUGCGUGUUGGAGGCAGCUUUGUCGGCCGUCACGUCGGUCUUAGAAGCAGAGUGUUUGCUGACCGAGCAAGAAGUCUCCCAGACUCUCCGGAUUACUGAUUCGAGCACGCUGAAUGGAGAAGAACGUGUCACCCAUUUGCAUCUACGCACAAUCCUGGAACUGAAGCGGAAACUCGUCGGGAUUGAACAACGAGCACUCCAGGUGCGCAACAUGGCGCAGGAGGUAUUGAAUGAAGAUAAAGACAUGGCCAACAUGCAUUUGACCGAUAAGCAGGCGGGGAAGCCACAUAAGGUGCAGGAUCACCAGGGUGUCGAAUAUCUUUUCGAGGCAUACUUCAAGGCCAGCGACGCCAUCGGACAGGAUGCGGCGAGCUUGAUGAGCCAUCUCCAACGCACCGAAGACACAAUUCGGUACACGCUGAGUGUGCGACGAAAUCAGAUCAUGGUGUUGGAAGCUCGACUCGAGAUACUGAUGUUGGCGUUAGCGGGGGCCACUCUCGUCGCGGGCUGGUAUGGCAUGAACUUGGUAAACUAUUUUGAGGAUAGUCCACAUGCUUUUGCAGUCGUUGUUCUCCUCUCCUGUGCGGCCGUACUCGGAUCGACCUGGUACGGAAUGCAUAGGUUGCGGCGGAUCUGCACGGCACAAUUACACGUCUGAGCGGCCCCUCACGCAAAUCAGUGCAGAAGGUCUAGAACACCCGAUCGCUCGAGGAAAGUUGCGAGUAAAUUCCAUUUUCCUGCAGGUGGCUGUCCCACGAC